AUGCGUGUCCUCCUCCUCGGUGCAACCGGAAAUCUAGGCCUUCGCCUGAUCCCAGCUCUUCUCGUCCAUGGCCAUCAGGUUGUGGCCUACGUGCGUUCUCCGCAAAAGCUCCAAACUCUGGCACCAGAAUCCGUGCUUGUGCAUGUGAAGAUUUUCCACGGCGAUGCUACAGACGUCGAAAGGCUGAAGACUGCUAUCCGUGAGCACAAUUGCACCGCGGUUGUUGAUACCGCGGGUAAUCAGGUGUGGCCAUGGAAGGAGCAUCAGCUCCGGAAAAUUGCCAGAGCUGUAUCUCAAGCUGCCAUAGAAAUUGGAGAGGAGCGUGGGAUUCCCAUACGAGCCCAUUUUCUCUGUGGGUUUGGCGAGUUGAACUAUCCUUCGCUGGGUAAUGCUUCCACUGCUGGAUCCAGAUCUCUAUUAAUGAGGGGUGAACCGGCAUAUACCCUUGGCAGCUAUCUUCCUAAUAUAGCUUUCGAGCAACAUCAUGAAACAAGAACGCUCAUUAGCGCCAUAUCCCUUUCGAAACUCCACUGGACCCUCGUUUGCAUCGCCGUCAUGCUCCCACUACGCAAUGGAAUCGAGCUACUGUCCCAGCCGGAGACUCAUAACUUGCUAACAGGAGAAGGUGUCCCACCGGCAUGGCCGCGCUUAUGGGUUGGCCGAAUCCCUUGGAUUGGAUCCUCUCUUGAAAUUAUCUUUAACACGAUUGGCUAUACGACUAAAUUGGAACAUAUUGCGGAUUUCAUAGCGGAAGAUUUGGAAAAUGGCAACGAGCACUGGGUAGGGAAGUUGGUGGGCUUUAAAGAGAGAGAAAAAUCUCAGUAG